GGAAGACUUCGGAUCAGUCAGAUUUGAUGGAGACAAUUUGGAGAUAAAGCACAAGAAAAACAAAAAAGAAAAGUCGGGAAAAAGCAGCUAUGGCGCCGAGACUAGCCACCCAGUCCGGUUCGGCUCAGAAUGUCCGCGGCCGGGGAAGGAGGAGAAGGUGGACACUGAGGCCAUUGCCAAACUGACAUCGCCAUUAGAGAAACGGAAGGCUUCGUUUGGGCCACCUUCUCCUCCUCCCUUCGUUCGCUUGGCAAUCUUAUCCCCUUUUCGUUUGGCAAAACCUUAUCCCCUAUCUGCCAAAGCCCAGGGGCUUCUUCUGCCCUGCCCUCCUCGCCUGCAGAGCUCUCUCGCUCUCUCUCACUCCAAACCUUCUGCUCGAGCUCGAGGCAUUUCUCUCACUCGCACAUUCAGCCCCGAGCUCUCCCUGCCGCUGUCGAGGUCGCGGAGAAUUGUACAUUAGAUCACCACAGAGAUUAUGGCAAUGGCGGCCGUCGCAUCCACCAGCGUCAUCGGAGUGGCAGCAGCCCCAAGGGCUGUGGCAAUCUCCGCCCCCAAGACCGUGUCGUUGAGGCAGAAUGGAAUGAUGGGAGCUCCCCUGAGGAAGUCCGCAGGAGUGCGAGCCGUGAGGAGAGCGGGAGCCAGAGCCGUCGUCACUGCGCAAGUCGCCGAAGCUGUGGAUUUGGACCAGCUCGUGAGCACCAUCAAGAAUUUGACCUUGGCCCAGGCCCGGACUUUGGUCGACACCCUGCAAGAGGAGUUGGGAGUCACCGCCGCUGCCUUCGCCCCUGCUGCUGCCGCGGGCGGUGCUGCACCCGCCGAGGCUGCCGCAGUCGUGGAGGAGAAGACCGAGUUCGAUGUCGUUCUGGAAGAGGUUCCCACCGCUGCUCGUAUCGCCGUGAUUAAGGUCAUCCGGUCGCUCACUGCUCUCGGUUUGAAGGAGGCCAAGGACCUAAUUGACGGCCUGCCCAAGAAUGUUAAGGAGGCCGCAGGAAAGGAGGACGCCGAAGACGCCAAGAAGCAGCUCGAGGCUGCCGGAGCCAAGUGCAGCCUCAAGUGAGGUGACUUCGUGGGAUCGAUGAGUUGAGAAUGUAACUCAUUUUGUAGUGCAGUGUAAGAAACACACGAUUAUUCGCUGUUAGGAUUACAGCUGAGCUUUUCGUCCUCGUCUUCGUAACAAUUGUUGCUUUUGCAGUCUUAAAAAUUAGCUCUGCUCUUAGGCGUAGUUAGACACUUACUACCCUUCCUCCUUUGCUGAGGAAGGAAUGGAGGUUGGAAGAGUAUCCUCAUGUGCUGAAAGAACUCAUUUGUAUAUUUUCUUUCACAUUAUUUAACGCCGAACCGAAUGGUUCUCUUUCAUAUUGUGUUUCACACAUUCCUCUUUCUGACCU